AUGGCAUCGUCAGAAAAUGAACCUUGUCACUCUGCUUCUGCAUCUGACCAAACCCCUCCCCCUCCUCCUCCUUCCAAUGUCUGUAUACAGAAAUUUAGGCUAUAUGAAACUCGAUCGAACUUUUACAUGAUAGGAAGAGACAAGAGCAGGACGUACUGGAGAGUACUAAAGAUUGACCGUCUAGAUCCUUCUGAACUAAACUUGCGAGAAGAUUCCACCACAUAUACUGAAAGUGAAUGUUCUGAUCUUUUGAGACGGAUACAUGAGGGUAACAAGUCCACAGGGUUCAUCAAAUUUCUGGGGCCUUACUACAUGGUGCUUAUCACAAAAAGAAGGCAAAUUGGUGUAAUCUGUGGUCAUACAGUAUAUGCUGUCUCAAAGAGCGAGAUGAUUCCAUUGCCAAAUUCUUCGGUUUGGUCUAAUGUCAAUGAUAAAAAUGAAAACAGGUACAAGAGGCUCCUAUGCAUGGUUGACCUUACAAAGGACUUCUUUUUCAGCUACUCAUAUCACAUUAUGCGUAGUCUUCAAAGCAAUAUGUGUCAUAAUGAGACAGGCCAUGUUCUUUACGAAACCAUGUUUGUUUGGAAUGAGUUCUUGACUCGGGGAAUUAGGAAUCACCUCCAGAAUACUAUUUGGACAGUUGCACUAGUUUAUGGCUUUUUUAAACAGGAAACACUUAUGAUAUCUGGACGGGAGUUCAUACUUACGCUAAUAGCAAGACGAUCACGUCAUUAUGCUGGCACUAGGUAUUUGAGGCGAGGUGUUAAUGAGAAAGGCAGAGUAGCAAAUGAUGUUGAAACAGAACAAAUAGUCUUUGAGGAUGCUCCAGAAGGUCUUCCCAUCCAAAUAAGCUCUAUCAUCCAGAACCGUGUGUCAAAGAAGGAUCAGAAUUAUCAAGCCACUAGACUUCACUUUGAAAACCUUGUCAAAAGAUACGGGAAUCCCAUAAUUAUUUUGAAUUUGAUAAAGACCCAUGAAAAGAAGCCUCGUGAGUCCUUACUUCGGGCAGAGUUUGCUAAUGCCAUAGAUUUCAUUAAUAAAGAUUUAUCUGAGGAGAACAGGCUUAGGUUCCUUCAUUGGGAUCUGCACAAACAUUUUCAGAGCAAAGCUACAAAUGUCUUGCAGCUUCUUGGCAAAGUGGCUGCAUAUGCAUUGACAUUAACAGGUUUUUUCUAUUGCCAAGCAACACCGACAUUGAGACCAGAAGAAUAUCUAAAUUGGUCAACUACAGACAAUGUUAAGGCAACCUAUUCGCCUGCUAGACUCGACAAUGAAGACAAUGAGGAUGCUAUUAAUUUAGAAAGAAAACCAAGUGAAGGAAACAAUGAUGUCAAUGAAAAUCAUUUUACCAAACCUCCCAUGUUGCAGAGGGGGGUGCUGAGGACCAACUGCAUAGACUGUUUGGAUCGCACAAAUGUUGCACAAUAUGCAUACGGGUUGGCUGCUCUUGGCCACCAGCUCCAUGCUGUGGGAGUUAUUGACCACCCAAAAAUUGAUCUUGAUGAUCCUGUAGCUGACGAUUUAAUGGGUUUUUAUGAGCGGAUGGGUGAUACUCUUGCUCAUCAGUAUGGCGGUUCUGCUGCGCACAAUAAGAUUUUCUCUGAGAGGAGGGGUCAGUGGAGAGCUGCAACACAGUCUCAAGAGUUUUUUAGGACUCUUCAACGCUAUUACAGCAAUGCAUACAUGGAUGCUAUGAAACAGGAUGCAAUCAAUGUAUUUCUGGGGCAUUUUCAACCACAACGGGGUAGGCCUGCUCUAUGGGAGUUGGAUUCAGAUCAGCUCUAUGAUACAGCAAGACGUGGAGAUGAUGAUGCAAGGAACGUCCAUAGUCCACCUUCCACUUCCAUAAAUUUGGUAUUCCUCUAUGAAAUAGACACUCUCGUGGACACUUUGAUAAAACAAUCUAGAAUAAAAGUUGAUGUAGGCAUAUGUCUCCUACCAAAUAGGCCAGGGGAUUGCAUAGACGGCACGUCAUUUAUCAAAAGAUCAUUCUCAGAUGGGAACAUUCUUAAUGAAAGUUCUACGCCAAUGUCAGCUCCAAAUGCCAGGCACGUGAAAUUCCCAAGCCAAUGCUUACCAGACCGAUUAGAAGAAGGCGGCAAGGGUCUUUGUGAGUCAUCACCGGAAAUAUCUACUACUGAGAGUGACAUCUCAUUUUCAAGGUAUACACCCUCAAUGCCUCGGAUACAGCUGUUUGGAGAUAUGCAAAGAGAACGCUGCGUUGAAAGCGAUCAUAUUUACUAUUCUGAUCACGGAGAUUCCUUUAGCUGCUCCAAUUUUGUUGAUCUGGAUUGGCUAUCUUCUUCAGCAAAUUCAUGUGAAGAAGAGCCAUUUGAGAGGUCAUCAAUCACCAACUCUCCAAUUACUGGAGUUUCUUCCGAAAAUGUUAUCAAUGGAAUAAUGGUAGGAGAAGCAACUGCCUCCACUAGUGAUUGGGGGCCAUCCAACCUAAAGGGAAGAGAGCGAACUGAAUCUGAGUUAUCGUACGGUAAUUCACAGUCCAACACAGCAGAGGAAUUUCCAGAUACUUUUGUACAAUGGGUGACUUAUGGACAGACACUUUGCCAUUGA